GCCGGCCCGUCUCGCGCACACCACCUCCUCCUUCCCCUUCUUCCCUAGGGGAGCGCCUCGCCUGCAGACGUACGACGUACCACUCCCCUGCCCCCGCGAGCCCGUGACCCCGCCCCACCGCGCCUCGUUCUCCGGCGACCCCGACGCCUCCGGCGAGCCCCUCCCGCGCUCCUGAGGCCUCUCCGGGCGCCCCUCAGGCCGCAACGCCCCGCCUCGCGGGCUCCCCUGCCCCAAACCCUAACCCUAGCUCCCGGCGCGGGGCCGAGCAGGAAACGAAGUGCACGUUUUCUGGGCUUGAGAGGAGGUCAUACAGUUUGAUGGCACAGUAGAUGUGCUUGCAAUGAUGCAUGGGCAAGGCCUGCUUCUGUGGUCCAGUGGCUACUGAGCUGUGCUCUAUGGGAGGAAUUGUUGAAUGUGGUGUUAGCAUUGACACGAAAGCUUCACCACGUCGUGUGGCCAUAGAGAAAGCUCAGGAGGAGCUGAGGCAGGAAUAUGAUGUCCUUGAAGAGCGGAGGAGGGAGCUUGAAUUUCUGGAGAAGGGAGGCAACCCCUUGGAUUUCAAACUCGGUCAUGUAGCGUCACUCAGUGUACAAUCCACUUCUGUUACAGACCAGAUAGCUGAACAAAAUGUGAUAAGCGAAGCUAAAGGUAGUUUUGCGUUUGCUGUCUCACCUCAUGGGGAUUCUUUUGAAAGUAGUGGGAAGCCAGGAAAUUUGUUGUGCCGUGAAGGCAAUACAGCUGAUAAUCUUAUGCUUUUGGAUGGAGACACCGGCAACAUAGGUGGGGAGAAAAUUGUAAAACAUGGAACUAAAAGAAUUAACACAGCUCAACCCGAGCAGUUCCUGCACAGUGAUGGUCAGAAUAAUGCGAAAGAAGGGGAAGAUUCUGGUUUGUCCCGUCUUGGGGCAAAGAGCCAAGCAUACGCUCGACGCAGGUCAAAGUCAAGCAGGGAGAAUGCAAAUAUCGCGUUUGUUAGGUCUCCACCAGCUCCUCCGUUAUGCUCUCAGAAAAAAGAUGUAGCAGGGGUAAUCGAAGAAGAAAAGACUGAGGAUCAUGGUGUCUCAUCCGUUGGUGAUUCAAAACCAGCAAGUCCAAACUGUAAAAAUAUGCUGAAGAAUGCAUCAUUAGAUGAUAACGUGGCAAUGGAGAUGGAAGGUGUUCAAGUUCAAGAAAGCAACCAAAGAUUCAAUGAUGAAUUAACUAGCAGCAACAAUGGCAGUCAAGCUAUGGAAAUUUUACCGAACUGUGUGACCGAUAAUUCACAUCUUGCGGGAGGUGGUCAGAUGGCUACUGCAAUUGCUUCUGCAGGAUCCCCUGAUGCUAUUUCAAACAAACCUGCUUCAAGGGCAGCGUGUUCUCUCCCAUCUAUAUCCAAUGAAAUCUUGAGAGAAGCACAUACUCCGGAGAAGGCAGGUAAUAGCCCUUCUGUCUUGAGUGUGGUUGAUGCUCAUGCAGAUGGUAUGGAUAGCAAGGGUGCUGCUCCUCACUCUGCCAUAGAAAGUGCUAGUUUAAAUGAAAACAAAGCGGAUCUCACUCGUGCAUAUGCCACCAAGGCUGUUGAUGAACAUCCAGGAGAAAAUGAGAAUCUUGUACCAGUGAAGGCCGGUGAAAUGGGUGAUGAAGGCUUGAAUGAGAUUCUACCUGUGGACAAGGAUGAUAAGAAAGAUGGUCAACAGGAAAUUAGUAGCAGGCCUGUCGUUAUGGAUGACAGAUCUACUUCUAUACAACCAGAAGUUAGCAAUUCUGUUUAUGUGAAAGAUGAAACAGAAGUCUGUAACAAUGCAAUAGAUGCACAAAAAGAUACAGGACAUCUUGCUACAUCUAAUCAUGACAAAGGGAAUAAGGAGGAAUGUUCUGAUUUGGGUAGAAAUAAUAAUUGUUCAAGUGAUUCGUGUGUUGCCCAUAAUGUUGCUUUUGUUACUGUGCCCCCUGCCACACCCACAGCCGUUAUGCCUAACCCUGUGCUGUUGGUGAAAAAUCCUGUGCUUAAUUCUGAGAAUGAUGUUGAAAAAUCUAGCGGAGAUCAGGCAAAGAUAGCAAAGAAAGAAUUUGAAGAUUCUAUUGUUGCAAAGGACUAUGAAGAUUCCAUCCUCAGAAAGGCUCGGCUUCUUGAGGCAAACAUUAAGAAAGCUGGUGAACGGUCUCUCUGUAACAUUUCUUUGGAGAAGAAGCGCAAGAGUCACUGGGAUUUUGUUCUUGAGGAGAUGACUUGGAUGGCAAAUGACUUUAUGCAGGAGCGCCUAUGGAAAAGUGCAGCUGCAGCACAGAUGUGCCACUGGAUUUCCUCUAGUGGCCGAGCAGCAUUUGAAGAAACAAGCAUUCAGAGAAAGCAAAAGUCUGUGGCAAGAAUUCUGGCCAACGGUAUUGUGAACUUUUGGCGUUCGGUUGAUACUUUACGAGCUAGUGGUGACAUGCCUAAACCAAUGCAACUAGAGCAGUCAAAUGGGCUAGAUGAAAAGAAGCUGGGUGGAGUCAAAGCAGAAAAACAACAGGGUGGUGAAUCCUUGGAACAAGAGAAGUCAAAGCGGUCUAAUCAGUCUUCUAUUCAAAGCUAUGCACUUCGACUUCUUGAGUACAACAGCAAAGUGUCUGAAUGUCUGUCAUUAGCUGAAGCACCAUCAACUCCUGACAGGCUAAAUGAUUUUGGCAUUUUGAAAGUGCCAGAUCAACUUUCAGAAGAAAAUCUCUUUUAUGGGGUAGCACCUGGUGCAAUGCGGGCAUACAGAGAGUCUGUGGAGCCUCUCUUUGUGUAUAACAAGAAAAUCGGCAACACUGCACUCAAGGAUGAUUAUGAGCCAUCAGUGUUUGAUUCUGUUGCAGAUGUACCUAUGGAAAAUGCAUAUGGAGAUGAUGAAGGCGAGGCACACACCUUUUUAUUGCCUGGAACUUAUGAUGGUGGUUUCACAUCAAAAUUGAAUCACAAAAAGAAACACCCUUUGCAACAGAGGAUGAAUGGUGCAAGAGCAUAUGAAACUGGUGCUGACAUGCCCUAUGAAUCAUUCUUGGAGAACAAGUCAGGAAACCAGCAAGUUUUGUCAAGUGGCAAACGAACGUCAGACUUCCUUUCCGUUCCUAUAAAACGCAUCCGCACAGCAGCAAGACAGCGGAUUGGGAACCCAUUUCCUGCUAAUGUUGCUGGGAUCCCUCAAUUCACAAGUAAAGCAGAUGCCUCUAGUGGAGACACAAACUCCUGCCAAGAUGAUCAAAGUUCAUUACAUGGAGGGACUUUCCCCCGGAGGAAUACAGAUGUUGAAUCCACAGUUGAUUUUGACAGGCAGUUGUUGUAUGACGGUAAUGAGGUGUCUACUAAGUCUAAAAAGAAGAAGAAGCCUAAGCACCAGGGAUACAAGACACCAAACAGUGUGACUGAGUCUUGUACCUUGAUGGCUCCUGGAAAGGGCACUUAUGAUCCUAGACCUCAGGUUGAUUCGACUGCUCAAUAUGAGCAGGAUUAUUUGAAGAAGAGAUUGGAGGCCCAUCAGUUUGAUUCAAAUGGGAAUAUUGUGAUUAAUGGUCAGCAUGCUACUAAGAAGCCUAAAUUGAUGAAUCAAGCACCUGAUAUUUCACCAGAAGCUCUUACACCAGUUGGUCCAAUGGCAUCUCCUGUCGUGUCACAAAUGAGUAACAUGGCUAACCCUAUGAAGGUCAUAAAGACAACCACUCGUGGAAGAAAAAGUAAAGGACUCAAGAUGGCAGCUGGACAUGCAGGUCCUGGAGGUCCAUGGUCAAGUUUUGAGGAUCAGGCUCUUGUUGUGCUUGUCCAUGAUAUGGGUGAAAACUGGGAAUUAGUGAGUGACGCUCUCAACAGCAUUGUCCAAUUAAAGUGUAUAUAUAGAAGGCCUAAUGAGUGUAAGGAACGUCAUAAACUUCUCACGGAUAAAACUUCUGGUGAUGGUGCUGACAGCGCUGAUGAUUCAGGCUCAUCUCAACAUUAUCCAUCUGCAUUGCCUGGCAUUCCAAAGGGUAGUGCUAGACAGCUAUUUCAGCGCCUUCAAGGACCAUUCGAGGAAGAGACUCUGAAGACACACUUUGAGAAAAUAAUAUUCCUUGGACAAAAGUUGCAUCAAACGCGUAGAAAGGGCGAGAUCCAGGAGCUCAAACAAAUAAACCCAGUCCAUACUUCUCAUGUUCUUGCACUUUCUCAAGCAUGUCCAAGCAACUUACCUGGUGGCAUUUUUACGCCACUUGAUCUUUGUGAUGCGGUACCUUCGAACUCGGACGCACUUUCCAUUGGUUACCCAGGAUCUCACACGAGUGGGUUAGCACUUCCAAACAAUCAUGGUUCUAUUGGUCCUGCCCUUCCUGCUUCAAAUGUGAAUUCUAGGUUACCAGGUUCUCCUGGUAUGGUUCUGGGCAACAAUUUGCCAUCGCCUUCAACAUUGAAUGCUCCGUCCAGGGAUGGUCAGAGGUAUGGUGUGCCUAAUCCAAACUCUUUACAGUAUAACCAGAUGCUCAACGGCAGAAGCCUUCAGCAACGUGGAGUUUCUGUUCCUGGUGUGUUGCCUUCUGGAGUUGAUCGUGGUGUCCAAAUGAUGCCUGGUGCUCAUGCUAUGGGAAUGAUGUCCGGAUUAAAUCGAGGUACACCUGUUACUAGGCCGGGUUUUUCAAGGCUUGGUUCCCCUGGACCUGGAAUGCUAAAUAUUGUUUCUUCUGGAAACAUGUCACCCAACAAUGGUCAAGGCAUGCAAAAUACUGUAAAUGUUCAUCCUGGUGCCAUACCUGUCCCUGGAAAUACAAUGUUGAGACCACGUGACCCAAUGCAGAUGCUUCGGCCUGGCCAGAAUUUGGAAGAGCAUAGGCAAGUGGUGAUGCAGGAGUUUCAGUUGCCAGUUUCACAGGGAAAUAAUCAGCCCGCCCAUUUCAAUAGUCCACCAUUUUCCAAUGUGGGAACAUCUUCACCUGUUCAAUCUUUUCCACUUCAGCAGUCCCAACAGUCACACAUGUUUGGAAACACACACCUUUCUCAUAUCCAAGGAACAAACCAGGCAAAUUCACAGCAGCAGGCUUAUGCUAUUCGCUUGGCUAAAGAGAGACACAUUCAACAAAUGAUUCCUCAACAACAGCGCCCACUUUCUGGAGCCAGUGCAGUGCCAACUGUGCAGAAUGGCUCACAAAUGCAACAGCAGGGCCAAGGUUCCGCAGCUAGUGUUAUCCUGUCUUCACAACCACAGCAUAAGCAGCAAAAUCCAGGUGGUAGUUCAGUGCUUCCCAAUCAGCCUGCCACCACUAAGCAAAAGAAGCAACAAGGUCAGCAGCAGUCCAGACAAAAUCAACAGCAACGAAAUCAAGGUACUCAACAAGCUAAGCUAAUGAAGAGCCUAGGCCGAGGGAACAUGAUGCACCAGAGUCUGGUGGUUGCUACUCAAGCCAGUGGCAUUUCUACAACCUGUAAAAAUCAAGUUCCUGAUAAAAAUGUGAUGCAGCAGGGUACAGGGUAUUUUGCUGGUAGUAAAGGAUCACUUCCAACAAUACCUCAACCUGGGAAUCAACCUAAGAUAUAUGUUCCCCAGAUGCCUCAGUCACCGAUGCAGACUCCAGAUAUUGGUAAUCAAGGCUCAGUAAAGGGUUCUCCCAACCAUACCUUGUUAGUUUCCCAACAAUCUUCACUUCAUUCAUCAUCACAAUUGGCUACACAGCAGCAGCAGCAACGAUACAUGAACCCUUCGCAGAACAAUAUACAAAGAUUGAUUAUGCAACAAAAUCGCCACAUGAACACAGAUGGUAGGAUUGAAUUACCUGUUGACCAAGUACAACAUAACCAAGUGAUGCCAUCUGCAUCCCUUUCAAGGAGUACAGAUUCAGGUAGCCCAGGUAUUUCAUCUAUAACCCAGCGGAAACAAGAGUCAUCCCAUGAUCCAACUGCAGUUGCCUCGACCUUGCAGCUUGCUAGCUCGCCUCAACAUACCUUUGUUGGAAGUGAUACGCUUUUGUCAUCAUCUAGCCAAGGCAUGCUGCAAAGGCAAUUGUCGGGUGGUGUGCCUAUACAUGGACAUGACAUUGGUGGCCAGCUGCAGCAACAACAAUCUCGGCAGCAACUGCAGUCUCAGCAGCAGCAGCAGAGGCCUGUUCAAGGCAGUGUAUACGCUCAUCCUUCAAAUUCUGGACCAGGAUGAGGAUGAAUUAUGCUGGGUUGAUAAGUCCUGCAGAGCACCCUUUCCCCUUGUAAAGUUACUGUACAGGCCCUGCUACGGAAGAUGCGUGGAUGAUAGCGCUCUUUAUUCCCCAACUUUGAGCUAAUUGUAGUCACCUCAGUGUCAGGUAGAUAAUUAUUCCCGUACCAUUUUGGUGCCACACUGCCACCUUCCAAGUAGUUUGACCCUAGAUUGCUGGAGGUGGUUCUUGUGCGGGCAAAUUCCUUUUGUUGUCGAAUUGUAACCUGAAAUUGGGCCCAGAUGUAUAUUUUCCUUAGGAGGUCCAUGUUGUUAGAGGUAAUCCGUUUUGUAUAACCUGUAUAUUUAGCUCACAAGUCAGUGAAUGCAAAAGCCUUUCUUUGCGUCAA